AUGUCCCUCGUCUACCACGGAGCACCACGUCUAUACCCAGAGGCAGGCCCGUCGCUCCCACUACAACCACCACCAUCCAUCGCAGCGUCCGCGUCCCCAUCGUUGCUUGUUCCGAGCCUGCCAUCUGGGCCGGCGCGGAGCGGCGCCGGCUCGCCUGCCAUCGUCCUCGAGGGAACGGACGGUGCCAGCUGGAACAUGAGCGGCAGUGGGAUGCGCGUCGCCGCCAUCAGGUUUCCGAAACCUGUGAGGCUCAGUAGCCUGCGCAUCGUGCCCGCGGGUGUGCGGUGUCCCCUCGGUGUCGGCGAAACGGACGACGUGGAAUUCACGGCCGACAUCUUCCUGCACGUCACGCCCAGCGAUCCCGUCAACGCCAUGGUGCGGACGCGAGCAACAGUCCCCGCCGCACCGCACGCCAUUGACUUUGCGAUGGACAUGCCAGAGGGAACGUCCACAAGGCUUGUUGUUGUGCGCGCACCCGUUGACAAGAUUACCAUGUCGUUGUACGCCUACGACGACGGUGCAAACGCAACGACCGCCGAAGGCACUUCCGCGAUCAUUCCCACACCGCCCACUACAUUGCCUCUCCCGUCCGCAUCAGAGCUGCUCUCUGCCCUCGCCUCCCUCCCAGCCAGAGGCGACCUCCGGACACGUGCAUUCAAGACACUCGCUCUGCUGGCACGCACGCCGAGCCUAUCGCUGGCCGACGUCGUCGUCGACCGUGGGGCGGUGGACGCACUCUGUGUCUCCGACGACCAGGACGCAGACUGGGGGGUGCGUUCCGUCCUCGGCCUCGAACCAGACUCUGUCAUUUACCCCGUUCCCCUCGCCGAAGUGACAGAGGUCCCGCCCGUGUCUGCCGGCGAGGCACUCACUGCCCUCACCCGUCUGCCCGGGUACGCCAGGGUGGCGGAACACCCGUCGUCUAUUUCAUUCUUCUCCAUCGUGCUCGCCCUGGCUCGCGCGCAGAUGCGGUCAGCCCACCCGCGCGCGGCGCACGCUCUGGCCAGUGUACUUGAACGUCUGGCUGCAGUGAGCGACGACGAGGGAUCCACGGUCGUCGGCGACCACCUCGCCCGUUCGCUCCCGCAGUUGGCAGCACAUGCCCGCGCGCGGGGUGCAGAUGUCGCCCUCCCCAUCCCUUUAUCCAAAGCGCGGACCGUUCUCGACGUGCUGUUGCCCGUCACAUCCGAGGUCACUGCCGAAAACACCACCUGUGCCGCCGCCGCCCGGGCCUUGGCAGAACCAUACCUCGCCGCACUGGGACCACACGACCCCAUCCGCCAGGCGUGGACGGCGACCAGCCCCGUCCCGAGUCCUUGCUCGUCUGGUGGCGCCCAAGUGGCUCGCGCGCUCGAUGCGCCCACUACGUCCAUCCAUCUCACGCCUACAGCGCACGACCUGCUCGAAGCCCUCGCACCGGCCUUGCUUGUCAGCUUGAGUACGGCGCCAACCCCGCCUCUGGGUCUGAGGUCCAAGUAUGUCGUGCCCUCUGGGCCGGGCACGGCGAGCCACUACGCUGGCAAAGUCUACUCGGCGCACGAGUUUAGGCGCGAGAGGGACACGGCAAGCGGGCUGGGCGUGGGUCUCGCUGGGGUUGGAAGGAAGGCUAGUCGUCAUGUGGACGAUUUCAUGUCGUAG